GAAUUCAAAUUAUUAUAAAUUAAAUUAAAGAGGCAUUAAAUACACUAUAAUAAUCAAUACGCUUCUAGGAUAACGUAGUGUUAAAUUCACUUUGUAACCAUUAUUAUAAUUUGUGUCUAAUAUGAUUAAUUUUAAGGAUAACAAGAAUAAAUCUGCGCUCAGUACAAGAUGGGCUCAAAUGUCGAAACAGGAACAAAUUAUAGAGAGGAAAAAGAUGGAAAUACAGGCGAAACUAGAGGCUCAAAAGCAGGCUGCUGCUUUGGCAGCCCAAGCGAAGUUAACAAAUUUAGUCUCAAAAGACGACAAAAACCCUUCAAACAUCUUCUCCAACGAUGGCAGCUUCAUGAGCCAGUACAAGGCUUUGCUAGAAAAGCAAAAGCAGGAGAAGGAAGAUAAAGAGAGACUAGCAAAGCAAGAAGAAAGUAAUGCUAUUGCUGCUAGUAUGCCAGAAUAUUGUGAAGCUCCUCAUGAGGAACCGAAGGAGUAUUCGCACCAUGAUCAUGAGAGACGGAGGUCAGACAAAGGCAGCAGAGACAGACGUAGAUGGAGUGAUAGAGGCAAGAACCGUACUAAUAGUCCAAUGGAUGACAGAAGGCAAUCAGACAACAUCCCACCGUUGAUGCAAAUUCCAUUCAUGCCACCAGAUCAAGAGCCAAACCAUGAUAACUGGCAGGGAAACAGAGACCCUAACUCUAACGGAGAAGGGCCUGAAGGCAUGGGAUAUCCAGACUCUAAUAUGAGGCACAUGAUGAGACCAGGCCCAAAUGCGGGUCCUAGAGGUCCUGGACCAAACAUGGGCCCUGGACCUGGACCUAAUAUGGGACCUAGACCAGGAAUGAACAUGGGCCCUGGUCCAAUGAUGGGACCAGGUGGCCCCAACAUGCCCCCAAUGCCACCAGGCGGUCCUAUGCCUCCCGGAGGACCUAUGCCGCCUUUCAUGGGUGGCCCUCCAAAUUAUCCAAUGCCUCCUAAUUGGGGUCCUAAUGGACCAGGCGGACCCUGCGGUCCAGGCCCCAUGCCUCCGAACAUGUGUGGCCCUAAUGGUCCAAUGCCGCCAUUCUUUGGCCCGCCUUUCCCCCAAAUGCGCCCUAAUGGUCCACCAGGCCCACCUGGUCCUCCCAGACCCGGUCCUCCUAACUCUAUGAUGCCCCCAAAUUCAAUGAAUAAUGGCAACAUGCCAUUCAUGGGUCGUCCUCCAUUUGGUCCGAAUGGCCCGAACUUUAAUAAUGGCAAUGGCAACAUGCCGUUUAUGCCACCAAAUAUGAUGCCGCCAAACAGCAUGCACAACAUGCCUCCUAGCAACAUGCCUCCUAGCAACAUGCCUCCUAGCAACAUGCCUCCUAGCAACAUGCCUCCUAUCAACAUGCCUCCUAGCAACAUGCCUCCUAGCAAUAUGCCUCCAAGUAGCAUGUCUUUACACAAUAUACCUGAACCAAAGCCUUUGGAUUCAAUGUCGGAGAUGAACCUACAGAACAUUCCACCGCCCCUGCCGCAGCUCAGUCACAUUCCAUCACCAAAGGACGAACCUUCAUCACCAGCAAACCAAGUUUCCUCUGCAGAUUGGCCGCCGUCGGUGCUCCGCGCUGCCACGGAGGUCGCCCGGAACGGCGACCACUGGGAAAAUGUCCUGAAGGCAAUUCACUCACAAGACCAAAAUAUGUGGUUCCUUCAUAAUACGAAUUCGAAGGAGUACAAGGAAUUCCGGGAGCUAGUGGAAAAGUUCCGGAAGGAGAGUCCGGAGAGGAAACCGGAAGUCAAGCCGGAGGAUGUGUAUGAGCCCGAGUUCUGCUUGGAUGAUGAUUAUGACAGUGAUGAUGAUUACAAGCCAGCAGAUAAAAAGUUUAGUUUUGGCGACCAAGACUCCCAAAAACCAUGGAACCAGUUCAACCUAGGCAGCUCAGUGAAACGCGAAGCGGCGAGCUCACAGAGCGACGACGAAUCCGAGAGCAAGCGAGAGCGCCGCAAGAAGAAGUCUCGCUGGGGCGAUGAGCCCCCGGUGGCGGAUAUCAAGCCCCCGGGCGUAGUGGCUCCGUUACCGCCCGGCAUGGCGCCUUUACCGCCCGGCAUGGCGCCUUUACAGGGUAUGCCGCCAAUGCCUCCCGGUCUGCCACCGAUGCCGCCUCUACCAGGGAUGAAGCUGGCUAAAGUAGAAGAGGAUGGUUUGAAGCUCACAAACGUGAACCGGGCCAACCCGGCUCUGAUGCAGUAUGCCAUGACCAACUAUGGAACCAUCAACUUGAGCCCCGAGGAUUGGAAGAAGUGUGAAGACAAUUUCAAACUCAAUCUGCUGUUCCAGGAUAUGUUGAAAAAGAGGCAGGAAGUGGAGCGGCUGGCGGCAUCAGGCAAGCACAAGUACGAAUACGACAGUGAUGAAGACACCGCUGAAGGCACAUGGGAACACAAGUUACGCGCAAAAGAAAUGUACGCGACGGAGAAGUGGGCGGACGAGCUGACAAAACAGGCAGCCGGGAAACAUCACAUCGGGGACUUCUUGCCCCCUGAGGAACUGAAGAAAUUUAUGGAGAAAUAUUCCGCGGUGAAAACUGGCAAGGAGCCAGAUUUGAGUGACUACAAGGAGUUUAAACUGAAAGAGGAUAACGUUGGUUUCAAAAUGCUGCAAAAGUUGGGCUGGAGCGAGGGCCAGGGGCUGGGCGUGGAGGGCACAGGUAUCGUCGACCCCAUCAACAAGGCCAACCAGCCGGUCGCCAACAUGGGCCUAGGAGCUGCCUCCUCCGACGUGGUGUCUCCUGAUGACGACGAGUUCGAUGCCUACAGGAAGCGCAUGAUGCUCGCCUACCGGUUCAGACCCAACCCUCUGGUGAGUACCAUGUGUCAGUACUACAGCCGGUCGCCAAAAUGGGUCUAGGAGCUGCCUCCUCCGACGUGGUGUCUCCUGGUGACGACGAGUUCGAUGCCUACAGGAAGCGCAUGAUGCUCGCCUACCGGUUCAGACCCAACCCUCUGGUGAGUACCAUGUGUCGUACCACAGCCGGUCGCCAACAUGGGCCUAGGAGCUGCCUCCUCCGACGUGGUGUCUCCUGAUGACGACGAGUUCGACGCCUACAGGAAGCGCAUGAUGCUCGCCUACCGGUUCAGACCCAACCCUCUGAAUAAUCCUCGGCGACCGUAUUAUUAAGUAAACUAGAUUAUACCAUAGUCUAAUAAAACAUGGUCUUCUCUUCCCAGAGUGACACAAGCCUACGUCACAAUAACAUUGCCACUUUAUAUAGCGCUAUCGCAUAUUAUCAUAUAGCGCUGUCGCACGAUAAUGUAGGCUUGUGUCAGUCUCGUGACCACGAAAAGACGGGAAGAGAGUACCAGGCGGAGUAUAUUAUUAUACCAUGAUUAAUACAUUUAGCGCCACUUGCAUCACCCCACUAACCCGGGGUUCACCGGUUAAACCGUUAACCCAGCGUUAAAUUGUACUGGUAGCAGUGGUAACUCCAGGUUUAACUGGGUAACACCGGGUUAGUGACUGGUGCAAGAGGCCCUUAAAGUCUUAAAGAGAGGGGUAUUGUUAUGUUAUCGAGACUAAAAUGCAUCGCGCAUGAUGUACGAGUAUGUCAACUAAGUUCAGAUUUUGAUUACACAGUAUGUGCAUAUUAGUAAUUAAAAACAUGAAUAGGUAAUAUGAUGUAUUAGUUCGUGUUCAGAUAUUUUUGAGUAAAUUUGUCUGACAUUAUCAUUACUUUAUUUGAUCGCGACCGUAUUAAAUAUAACAUCACCAAUUUGAACACGUGAAAUGAGUAAAGUACAAAACAUAAUGUAUAUCAUAUAAUGUUAUAUAAGUAUAUUAUUUAACCGACUGCUGAAAAAGAGGUUAUUCAAAUAUGUUUGCCCAAAAAAAAUUGCAUAACCCAAAUAAACGACUUGACUGAUUUUAAAGUGAGAUAUCACUAGAUUUUAUAUAUGUCGGCGGCCGAUCGUAAGAUCAGGCUUAUCGUGAAAUUCCUAGGCAUAUCGUGAAACGUGAAAAUCUUUGACCCGUUCCCUGAGUCGACGGAGCCCCGCUACGCGCGGCUCCUAUUUCUGGGCAGUUUGCCCUUCGGGCAUCUGAAGCAACCUAACGAACCUAUCCUACCUACAGUCAGCAGCAGAUAUACCUGAGCGGGCAAGGUGUCCAAGAAAACAUAUGCACUUCAAUCGGCACAAAAAUAAGGACAUCUAAGAUGUCAUUUUCACGUAGGCUUUCAGUUCGUCACAAAUACCUUAACUUCUGAGUUUUUCUUUAACACAUACACCCUUAUUUAAUCACAAUGACAAUAACGGUUAAAAAGUCAGUGGUAACUAAGCAAUCAAAUUCAAGCUGCUGUCAUUAAUACCUACACGCACUGCCAAUCACGUACGUCAGCAGCCAGGGUGCCACCAGUUGCUAAGCAGUUGUUAUUUCAAUGGUAACUAAGCAUCAACAUUUUAUCUGUUUAACUUUAAAAUAAAUACUGUAGCACUACGAAUUGACACCUCCUUUCUUAAAGAAGUAUUUUAUCGUUAAGUGUCAAACUUAUACAAUAAAUAAGUAGGUUCUACUAGAAUGAUCGGUUUUUUUAUUUUAACUGUCAUAUGCAGCUGUUCUUCCAAACCGUUGAUCAUAUUAUAUACCUAUGUUAAUAUAUUUAUUUAGCCCACUUAUUGUAGUAAAAUAUACUAUACAGGGUGGCCCAUUUAGAUCGGCCAGUAUGGGAAAAUCUGAUACUAUACGAUAUACACCGAUCUCUUCUUAGGAAUCAUGUCAUCGAUUUUAGUAACACGAAAAACUGCAUUCAUACAUUUAAAAAAAUGUGUACUCAGCUCGGGAAUGGAACCCCGAACGUUUUGAAAAAUAAAACUAAGACUAUUUCUAUUUAGAUAUUGAUUGUGUAGGUCUUAAGCAAUAAAUGUUACUAUGAAACAUGAUGUCUGAAAUUAAUAAAAUGCAUUGUUUUCAUAUCCUUUUUAAUUUAGUCAGUUUUCGAAGAGACCAGCAUUUUUAGGGUUCCGUACCCAAAGGGUAAAACGGGACCCUAUUACUAAGACUCUGCUGUCCGUCCGUCUGUCCAUCGACAUCCGUCCGUCCGUCUGUCACCAGGCUGUAUCUCAGGAACCGUGAUAGCUUUACAGUUCAAAUUUUCACAAAUGAUGUAUUUCUGUUGACGCUAUUAUAAGUAACAAGAAAUACUAAAAACAGAAUAAAAUAAAGAUUUAAGUGGGGCUCCCAUACAUUAAACGUGAUUUUUGAGUAGUAAAUAUCAAAUGGCAUUCCGCACAGGAGUAAUCUAAGUAACGCCCACUGCGGGUUCAAACCUACAACGUCCUGAUAGAAAGUCGUACAUACGCUACAUGUGACAUUAUCUUCAAAAAUUAUAUAAACUAAUGCGAAAUUAACAUAAAACCAGAAGACACAAAUUAAUAAUAGAAAUGAAAUAAAAAAAAAAAACAAAAAGCUGUAAUCUCUAGGUGCGUACGACUGAGAUUUGAACCCGCGGUCUCUGCUUUGAAAAGCAAACGCCUGUUACUGAGACCACGACGUGCCUUGACAAUUGGCUCUAAAUUCGGCUUCAGUUAGCUUUUGCUAUGUGUCAUUCGUCUUGACGAUUCUGUUAAAAGAAAUAGUUUGCAGUAAGUUGACCGAGAGGCUCCUGUCAAAUGGUUGAAGGGCAAAACGUGAGAUAGAUGUAUGUGAUGACAAGACUGUACUGCUUUCGAUGAUUGUCAAAACGCUUUACCUGAAAUUAGCAUGGCUAUCUUUUAUUCAAUAUUCGACCAUACUUGUAUGCUUUAAAGUCUAUUUUUCCAUAUUGUUCAGAUAUAUUUGACACGUUGACCGCUUAGAUACCAUUGGUUUUUUGACAGCUAAGGUAUCAAUGACUUGUUGUAAGUGUAGAAAUUAAUGAAUAGCGACUGUUAACAUAUUUGUGACACGUUGAGCGCUCACAAGUAAAUACUACCAUGACAGUCAACAACUUUUUGACAGUUUAAACGUUUACCUCUCUUUGAGCACCUGGAGUGUAUAGCGACUUCUGCUGCUGACUGUACAUAUUGGUUUAAUGUGACUAUCGUCAAAACAUUACACAGGAACAUUACGAUCUGCCUGAUCUUACGAUCGGCCGCCGACAUAUAUAUGUACAGUCAGCAGCAGAUAUACCUGAGCGGGCAAGGUGUCCAAGAAAACAUAUACACUUCAAUCGUCACAAAAAUAAGGACAUCUAAGUUGUCAUUUUCACGUAUGCUUUCAGUUCGUCACAUAUACCUUAACUUCUGAGUUUUUCUUUAACACAUACACCCUUAUUUAAUAACAAUGACAAUAACGGUUAAAACGUCAGUGGUAACUAAGCACUCAAAUUCAAGCUGCUGUCAUUAAUACCUACACGCACUGCCAAUCACGUACGUCAGCAGCCAGGGUGCCACCAGUUGCUAAGCAGUUGUUAUUUCAAUGGUAACUAAGCAUCAACAUUUUAUCUGUUUAACUUUUAAAUAAAUACCGUAGCACUACGAAUUGAGACCUCCUUUCUUAAAGAAGUAUUUUAUCGUUAAGUGUCAAACUUAGACAAUAAAUAAGUAGGUUCUACGAGAACGAUCGGUUUUUUUAUUUUAACUGUCAUAUGCGGCUGUUCUUCCAAACCGUAGAGCAUAUUAUAUACCUAUGUUAAUAUAUUUAUUUAGCCCGCUUAUUGUACUAAAACAUACUAUACAGGGUGGCCACAGGUUGGCCCAUUUAGUUAGAUCGGCCAGUAUGGGAAAAUCUGAUACUAUAAGAUAUACACCGAUCUUUUCUUAGGAAUCAUGUCAUCGAUUUAAGUAACACGAAACACUGCAUUCAUACAUUAAAAAAAAUGUGUACUCAGCUCGGGAAUCAAACCCCGAACGUUUUGAAAAAUAAAACUAAGACUAUUUCUAUUUAGAUAUCGAUUGUGUAGGUCUUAAGCAAUAAAUGUUACUAUGAAAAAUGAUGUCUAAAAUUAAUAAAAUGCAUUGUUUUCAUGUCCUUUAAUUUCAUUUAGGGUUUUUAGGGUUCCGUACCCAAAGGGUAAAACGGGACCCUAUUACUAAGACUCUGCUAUCCGUCCGUCCGUCCAUCCAUCCGACCGUCCGUCCGUCUGUCACCAGGCUGUAUCUCACGAACCGUGAUAGCUAGAUAGUUGAAAUUUUCACAGAUGAUGUAUUUCUGUUGCCGCUAUAACAACAAAUACUAAAAACAGAAUAAAAUAAAGAUUUAACUGGGGCUCCCAUACAACGAACGUGAUUUUUGACCGAAGUUAAGCAACGUCGGGCGGGGUCAGUACUUGGAUGGGUGACCGUUUUUUUUUGCCUUUUUUGCAUUAUGGUACGGAACCCUUCGUGCGCGAGUCCGACUCGCACUUGCCCGGUUUUUAUUUUCAAUACAUUAUACAUAAAUUUUUUUUAAAUGAAUGAAUGCAGUUUUUCUUGUUACUAAAAUCGAUGACAUGGUUCCUAAGAAGAGAUCGGUGUAUGUCUUAUAGUUUUAGAUUUUCCCAUACUGACCGAUUUAAAUGGGCCAACCUGUGUAGUACCUACUAAAAUACGAUGGCCCGAAUCGAUCAAAGAACGAAGGAGAAAAUAAUUGUAUCCAACCUAGCAGUAGGUAAAUAUCAAAUGGCAUUCCGCACAGGAGUAAUCUAAGUAACGCUUACUGCGGGUUCAAACCUACAAAGUCCUGAUAGAAAGUCGUACAUAUUACGCUACGCUACAUCUGACAUAUCUUCAAAAAUUAUAUAAACUAAUGCGAAAUUAACAUAAAACCUGAAGACACAAAUUAAUAAUAAAAAUGAAACCCAAAAGAAAUAAAAAGCUGUAAUCUCUAGGUGCGUACGACUGAGAUUUGAACCCGCGGUCUCUACUUUGAAAAGCAAACGCCUGUGACUGAGACCACAACGUGCCUUGACAAUUGGCUCUAAAUUCGGCUUCAGUUAGAUUUUGCUAUGUGUCAUUCGUCUUGACGAUUCUGUUAAAAGAAAUAGUUUGCAGUAAGUUGACCGAGAGGCUCCUGUCAAAUGGUUGAAGGGCAAAACGUGAGAUAGAUGUAUGUUAUGACAAGACUGUACUGCUUUCGAUGAUUGUCAAAACGCUUUACCUGAAAUUAGCAUGGCUAUCUUUCAUUCAAUAUUCGACCAUACUUGUAUGCUUUAAAGUCUAUUUUUCCAUAUUGUUCAGAUAUAUUUGACACGUUGGCCGCUUAGAUACCAUUGGUUUUUUGACAGCUAAGGUAUCAAUGACUUGUUGUAAGUGUAGAAAUUAAUGAAUAGCGACUGUUAACAUAUUUGUGACACGUUGAGCGCUCACAAGUAAAUACUACCAUGACAGUCAACAACUUUUUGACAGUUUAAACGUUUACCUCUCUUUGAGCACCUGGAGUGUAUAGCGACUUCUGCUGCUGACUGUAUAUUAUAAAAACAUUGCCAUUGUUUUAUCUGUUUUUAUUGUAUUUUAAAGUUAGAAUCUGGUCUCAAUCCACGGGUGGUAGGUAGCUAUUUGUUAAAAAAUGUGUAAAAAGAUAACUAUAAUUUAAGUAUUUCAGAAACUUUCAUGUAACUAGUAACUACAGUCAUGUAUUUAACUGUAAGUACAGUCGACGUCAAAGAUAUGUUUACACUUUUCGCCUUAUUACAAAGGAGUAAGGUGCAAAAGUGUAAACAUAUCUUUGACGUCGAAUGUACAUUUACUAGAGUUAUUACAUUUAUUCUUUCUAUUUUAGUCUGCAUAAUGUCUUUCAGAGCCAAAUUGUGUUUAUAUUAUAAAUCUAUUAAUUGUAUAGUUAUUAAGCUUUCUAUCAAACAACAGACUUGAUUCAUUCAACUAAAGGCAUUAUACUUACUUUAUGUAUAUUAUUAAGCACAAUUUGUGGCAUACUUUCAUAAAAAAUACAUACUUACAUUUUA